ACAGUCAUUAUUGCGCCAGUAUAACAUUCGCCUCCAGUUCUCCACGACGAACGAUCGAGUUUCCGCGAGAUCGUCACGAGAUUCCGGCCGAGAACGAACGACCUUCGCCGCGGCGACCGCCUGGAAAGUAAACCGCGUGGCCGCCAACGAAACGAGGCGUGCGUCGAUCCCGUGCCGACCCGUGUUUCCAUCGACGUGUACGAUGCGACUAUUCUCGUUAAGUAACGAAAAUGUGACGUGAGGACACCCGGCGCCGCAUUAGAUCCAUCAGAACCGCGGUACAGGCAACCCCCGGCUCGGUCGUACGUUGGCACGCAACUCCGCCGCCGAAAAUGUCAGCUGGGACGAGCAAUAUUCACGCGUUCGCCAGUGCGCUUGUGUCGGUACUGUGCCUGGCCCUGGUGGCGCUCCGUGUCGGCGAGGUCACCGGCCAAUUAUUGGACACCGAGUUCCAACCAACGGUCACGGCAACAUGCAAGGCAGGCCACAUGACGAUACGAGUGAAUCUGAAUCAGAGUUUCGUCGGUGCUGUUCACGCGAGAGAUUUUCGGACGCCGCAGUGUAUGGCGCCCGGAAAUGGUUCGAACCACGCGACCCUCGCUAUUAAUCUUCUAGCUCCCAAAGGAUCCCCAGAUUACUGCGGUGUCUUGGUAAAUAAUGACAACGAGGAGCGUUCCAUCCCCAUCGCGGUGCGGAUACAUAAGACCCUGGAGCUGGCGGACGAUAAAUUUUAUGUUAUUACGUGCGGAAAGGCAGGAUUCAAAAACGCGAAGAACGAGACCUCGUUAGUAUCGUUGCGCCUUUUGGACGCCGGUCACAAAGUGCAGGAGGCUAUUUAUGGUCACAACUAUACUUUGCGUGCGGAGAUCUCGCGGCCAGAUGGAAUGUACGGAAUUAAGGUGAAAUCGUGCUUUGCGUUCAAUAAGCGAAACAACAGCGUGCAGCUGAUCGACGACAAAGGGUGUCCCGUGAAGGCCCGCGUCAUGACGAAAUUCAUAUACGAUCGGAACACCGGCCUGGCGGAUGCGACAUUGUUCUCGAUGUUCCGGUUUCCUGACAGCCCGCAAGUGCAUUUUCAAUGCGACAUCGCUGUGUGCAGAGGAAGCUGCGGUAUCCCUAUUUGCGAAGGCGAUAACGAGGAAGAAAUAAAGGGAGCGUCUUUAAUUAAUGGGCAAAGCGUGAGCGGCGAGGAAGGAGUGCUUCUUGCCGGCACGAGCGUGUUCGUUCUUGACCCUGGUCAAACGCCAUCUGUACAAACUCUGUACGAGGACGGCAGCGUCCACCCAUUAUGGCUGCUAUGGCUGGCCGUAGCUCUUGGCAUUCUGUUCCUCAUCAUGCUCAUUAUCAACAUAUUCCUCUGCUCCGCGAUGACCUGCAGUUGCACCAGGACCGACAUCAUCGAGAAAGAACCAUCGAUCAUCGAAGAUUACGAUCCCUAUCGUAGCUGGCACGGUUCCCAAUAUGGCUCGAGGUACUCCUUAAACGGGAAGCAAGGAUACGCUUCCGGAGGAUCGACGAUGAAUUCUACGAGGUCGAUAUCGACGAACAGCGAUCAUUACGCCAUAGUUCACUCGCGACCAGGAAGCAGAUACUCUGGACCCGGUCAGAAGCAUCAUCAUCAUCAUAGAGGGCCGCCGUCGAACAUCGGUUCCCAUUAUUCCGGCAAAUAAUAUUCUAGUAGCUGCCUAACGAAAAACUUAGAGUGAACAAUUAUGGCGAUUAAACGAUCUAAAACAUAGUAAUUCUCCGUUUUAACAAUGCGACCGCUUGUAGCGGGUGUACACAGACACGGCGGAAUUGUUGCUCGUGAUAUUCAAACGCAAACUAUCAUUCAGUAACGAGCUACGGAAGGAUAUUGUUGAUCCUCGUCUGAAGAAACACCGAUGAACCGUUUCUCCGAGAGACGACGUCGUUUUGAACAUUUGUUAAUUAAAAUCUUAAGGAUUGAUCCUCGUAACUUUCCGUGUCCUUAAUAGUUACUAAUAAUAUAUUACGUACACAAAAGGGUUAAACAAUUCCUGCCUUACAGAGUAUUUUUGUACUAAUGUUCAACUGUCAUUAUAGUUAUCUCCGCCUUCUUCCGACGAGAGAAGACACGAGUGCUGCGAAUUUUAAACGUGUCGAGAGCUAAAUUCGAAAAUGCUUUUCAUUAGUUACGAAUGUAUUUUUUUCUGUCGAGAUAUUAUGAUUCCUCUGUGAUUGGUAUUUUAUGUUCGGGAGAAGGUUUUUCUGCUAGAUCGUGUAUGUAUCAUAUGAUAGUCAUAAAUAUAGGUACUUAGCAUUUACAAUGUUGCGCAAUAUCGUACUUAAUUCAGUGGAAUUAGACGAACGCUUUUGUACAUAAAUUCAUUGAUCGGGAUUCAUCCUUUGUGACUAUCGUCGCGUUUCUAUCAUCAAAAUUAGUAUAGUUGUCUACCGUCCAGUUAGAUUGUAUUGCUGUUACAAUCGAAAAUUGAUGUUUUGUAUAAAAUCUGCGAAGCGUAUUGACAGGAACAGGGAAGUAGAUAAUUGACUUCGUUCCGUUCUUGACACGAUAUUAUAUUUUCACUUUUCUAAUAGCUCAAUGAAACAUUCCAUGUUCAACGAGUCACUAUUACAUGCUACAAAUACAUUAAAAGUUUAAGGAAAUUUUCGAAAUUUUUU